AUGAAAGACUCAAGUUCCAUCAAAAAACAAAUUAAAAAUCAAAUCCAAAAUGAUACCCAAAUCUUGUCAUCAUUUCAUAAAAAAAUUAUAAAAUGUUCUCGUGACAUUGCCUCUUAUUUUAAAACAUCAUACGAAUUAUUCAAAAUAAGUCGUCCUUAUCUUAACAAAAACAAUAAAGAAUUAGAUAAGAAUGUCCUUAUAAUAUUUAAAAGAAAAAUAAAAUUGCUGCUUGAUGAUGUUGAUGACAAAUUAUCAGAAUCAGAUAAAAGAGGAAUAAAAAGACUUAUUAACAAUGUUAUUGGAAAUCAAACUUAUUCUAAACAAGCUGAAUUAAUAUUUAAACAAUUGUUAGAAGACAAAUGUAGUGAAUAUAAUUAUAAAACUGUUCAACUGUAUUGUAGGGUCUGUAAAAGAUAUGAUGACUUUGAUGAAAAUGAUAAUUAUUUUUCUUGUGAUCAUUAA